AUGCCAACCUUGGGAUUAUAUUCCGCAUUACAAGCGUGUAACACAAUAGUUUUCAGGUUAAGCCGACAAUUGAGGUUGACCGUAGCAAAAAUAUUCUGCAAUGUCAGAACAAUACUUUUGAAAGUGGUAAUAUGUUGCUUCUCAAGGGUGAGUGGUGCUGGUGUUGUGGCCACAGGAGUAGCGACUGGAGUCAAAGGAGCCAGUGAUAGUAUUAGACUAGGAGCUAUUCACUAG